AUGUCCGGGCGCGGCAAGGGAGGCAAGGGCGGCGCCAAGCGCCACCGGAAGGUCCUCCGCGAUAACAUCCAGGGCAUCACCAAGCCGGCGAUCCGGCGGCUGGCGCGGCGGGGCGGCGUGAAGCGCAUCUCGGGGCUCAUCUACGAGGAGACCCGCGGCGUGCUCAAGAUCUUCCUCGAGAACGUCAUCCGCGAUGCCGUCACCUACACCGAGCACGCCCGCCGCAAGACCGUCACCGCCAUGGACGUCGUCUACGCGCUCAAGCGCCAGGGCCGCACCCUCUACGGCUUCGGCGGCUAA